AAAUAAAUUGAUGGUGAACAGAGGUUUUGGAGGAAAAAACAAUUAAAAAUUUCAAUACUUUUUUCUAGUUUAAUGUGAUAUUUCGAUUAAAUUCAUUUAAUUGUUUUGCUGUUAUUGAAAUUCAAGUGUUUACAUCAGUAGGAUUGAGAAAGCAGUGUUUUGUUCAACGGAUUCGACACCAGUCAUUUUACUCGUUUCAAUUGACAGGUUUAUAUUGAGGGAGUAAAUUUCGAUUUCAUAAUUCAGUACCAAUAUUCAAUGGAAUAUGUCGAUUAGUAAGUUUCAAUGUUGAAAACCUUUUUUUAAUUAAUUAUCGGUCGACACGUUAAUGAUCUUAAUGAUUCCUCCUUCAGAAUCUACUUCCAGAUUAUCGACAACUCACGUAUCCGAUAGUUCCCGUCCUUCUUUGCAAAGAUCCGCAAAGCCUGGAGGUUUAAAUGUGAAACCAUUUGCAGGUAGUGUCGCAUCCCUUUUAUGGCCAGGAAGAGCCAGCGCCGUUUUUAGAACGGAUAAAACUGGUUAUAAAGUGCCACGAUAUCAAAACAGCUAUCGACUUGGCUCAUAUAAUCCCUUCAAUUGUGAGGCUGUGGAAAACAUUCUAGACGAUGUUAUGAAAAAUCUUUCAGGCAUUAAGUAUAACCCGGCAGUUUGUAUGAAACUUUGUCAAGAUAUGUCUGCAGAAGUUCGAAGUCGUAUACAUAAAAAAGAUUAUGAUCGCUACAAAUACAUCGUGAGAUUUACGAUUUUUGAAAAACUCGGCCAAGCUAUUUAUAUGGCUACCGAUCGAUUAUGCGACGUCGAAAGAGACACGCACUGUUCGCGUACUUUUGAAAGUACGGAGCUCAUUUGCGUGGGCACUGUUUAUGGUAUAUAUUUCGAAUAAUUCCAACAAUACGAAUGGCAGUUCUCUGAGGUUGAAUCCUGAAAAAAUUUUCAAGAGUCUAUCGUGAAAAAAUCAAACAUAAGAAUCAAGUUCCCAGUUUGUUGUGGAUACUGAGGAAAUAAAAAAAGAAUUAAAUUGCA